UUAUCUUUCCCAUUCGCUGCGCGAACACAUCUGUCUCUCCGAUAUUGGACACAGUAUCUCGGUUAUUCCCUCGCUUAGCGUGUUCUCAUACAUUCGUCGCGAUAUCCUGGGUUUCGAAAGCAAUUGGUGCCUGCGAUACGAGAUGACGACCGUCUGUACAACCCCCAACUCGCCGCCCGAGUUAUCCGGGUCCAAAUCCUCCAAAUCCUCCUCGUUCCGCUCCUCGUCGCAACUAUCAGCCCCGGACGGCAUCCUAACCGAUAUUUCCAACUUCGAAGAGAUCGGCCUGGAAGACGAUGCGGAUUUGUCCUAUAAGGAGGCUGCUUACGGGCGACCCGCUGGGCUGUCGCGGUCUUCGACGGCCAGGCUGCAAGCCAAAUCCCCCGUUACCACGACACGCGACCUAACGUCAGCCCCCAAAUCGACCAAAACCCCUUAUCCGCCCUUACAAAAACAGGUCAACGGCACCUUGAGCCUCCAGACUCGGGCCGGCUCUAAGUCUAAGACCGGGGGCAAGCGCGAUUCGAAUAGCACCACGACAUCCUCGUUGCACCCUUCCAAGCCCCACCGUUCGCGCUCCACGUCGCCCCUGCGGCCGUCGUCUGCCCUCGGCUCGUCGCCUUCGACCAACAGUCUAUCUUUGUCGCCCGUCAGUGCGCGACCUGCUCUCAAUCGCAAACAAUCGUGGCAACCGAAUCGCAAGUCUCUCAGAGAAUUGGAGGAGGAAUAUCAUGAUUCAGACGAGGAUUUACCGGAGGAUGCUAGUCUGUGGAAUGUGCCCAUAUCUCCUCGGCCGAUGCAAGAUCGUGCGCCGUCUCGAGGGACAAGUCCCGACGGCCGAAGUCCAGGCCCGCGACCUUUGCCGUUGUCGCACUCGGUCUCGGAAACGAAUGUUCCUCUGUCUCCAGGGGCCAAAUCUCCGGGCGCAUCUCGUCCCGGCCGACACAGCACGCGAUCAACCUCUGCAGGACCGAAGAGCGGCCAGAUUUCUCCGCGGAACCCCCGCGUCUACUCGUACAACAGCAUGAUGUCUGAUUUGUCGGAGGAGGCGAAAAUCAUCACGGAGGCGCUCGAGUUCCAUGCCGAUGAACAUGAGCGGAAACGCGGGGAGAACCUACAGAGUGGCCUGUCGUCGAUGCGAUCGAGCACAGACUCCAAGCGGGGGUCCAGAGGCACCAUCGAGUUGCCUCCCCUGCAGAAAUCCAACAUUAUGAUAGACCCCUUGCCGAUCAGCAAGGAAAAAGAAAAGGUCUUGUCACGGACGCGGCCCAGCUGGCUUCCUCCGAAAGAUCAGAAGGAGGAAAAGAAACACCUGAAGGAAUACAAGCAGAUGAUGGCUCAAUCCCGAGAGGCAGACAAGCGUCGGGCCGCGAAGGCCGCCUCGGCCAAAUGCGAGAAAGACAAUACCCGAGAGGCCCUGCAGAACAUCUGGGAUGACUACGUGUAUCCAAACUGGAACCGUGCCAUUGGUGAAACCCGUACGCGCGAACUUUGGUGGCGGGGGGUUCCUCCGAAAACCCGAGGAACGACCUGGCAGCGUGCCAUCGGCAACGAGCUGGCGCUGUCUGAAGAAACGUACAAAAAGGCGCUGCAGCGAGCCAAGGAUGUCAGGUCCAGGCCCGCCGGAGAUUCCGGCGAGAGCAACAAAAGGAUGCGAGAGUGGUUUGAUGCCAUCGAAGCAGACGUGUCCAAAGCAUUCUCGGAUUUGAGUCUCUUCCAGGAAGGUGGUCCGUUGCGCGAUACGUUGAUCGACGUGCUUGAGGCAUACUCCAUGUAUCGCAGCGACGUGGGCUACAUCAGCGGUCUCCACACUAUUGCCGCUCUUCUCGUCCUUCAAUUCCCAUCCCCUGCAUCCGCAUUCCUGGCCAUGGCCAAUGCACUCAACCGGCCGCUGGCCGUGGCCUUUCUCACCUUAGAUCGUGGGGCCAUUGGCCGUACAUAUUCGCUAGCGUCUGCGACGCUUCGCUAUAAAUUCCCUCGUCUUGCCUCUCACCUCCACGAGACACUGCAGCUCACUGACGAGGAUAUCUGGGAACCCAUGUUCCGCUCCCUCCUCACCAACGGGCUCGACUUGGAGCGCGCGAGUCGCGUCUGGGACUGCUGGGUGUUCGAGGGGGAUCGCAUCAUGAUUCGCGCGGCGGUGGCGAUUCUCGGCUGCCUGCAGGCCCAGCUGUUUGGAUUCACCAGCCCGGACGACCAGGGUCGUCUCGCAGUCAAAAACAUUCUGGGAUGGGGUCCGCGUCACACGGGGACUAAACCACGGGAGCGUCACAGCGCUCCGGCAGCUUCUGCCGCCGGGUUUGGCGGCGGACAGUUUGCCAACGCCGGUGAUGGUGACUACUGGAUACUCACCUCUGCAGGUGACGAGGAUGGAUUCAUGACUGAAGUUCGGGAAGCGGGUAAAGUGCGAAAUUAGAAGUCGAAUAUUAAUUGAAUACCUGGGCUAUGAUCCGGUUAGAGCGUCCCGGUUGUCGCCUUCGAGCAGUCGUGUGUUUUUAGUGCUUUCCUUCUCUUUCUUCGUGUUCUCUUUGGAGCCGACU